AUUUUAUUUUAUUUUAUUUUUUUAUGAACACAAUCAUAAAAAUGAAAAUUCUUCACGCACAAAUCUGGAGCUUUUGCUGUAAAUCGAAAUCAAAUCGGAUGAAAUCGAGUGCAAGUACAUGUAUUUCCUUAGUUUUUUUUUUCAUUACUGAUAAACGAAAAUUUUUCAAGUAUAUAAUAGAGAACGCUUGCGCGUAUAUCAAACACGUGGAUAUGAGCUUUUAAUCUGGAACACUAGAGCUGGAGCUUUUAGUAUCGCAUGUGUCAGACUUGUGUGAACAUUACUUGAUUAAAUAAUUUCUCCCUUGAAUAAUUUUAUAUAAAAUUAAAAGGGCGAACGUCAAGUCUUCAUUCUCAAUAAAGAAAUUCCAUUGUCCAUCGAUAGCAUAAAAAAUCCAAAUAUUAAAUAAAAAACAUAUUAAAAAAUAAAUUAAAGAAUUGUUUACGAUAAAUCGGUAGUGAGGUGGCUGGAGGUAAUUAAUUACAACAAAAAAUUUCUUUUUUACUGCGUAAUUAUUUCCGUAAUGAGUAGCUUUGAGCGAAAAUGAGGGAAUAAUACAUUAUGUGAUUUUCGCGGUGAAGAUUUUCUCACAGGUGUGAGAGGCGAAUUUUUUAAUCACACAGUGCGGAAUUUUACAUUACGACGUGCGUAAUUCGGCAUUUACCGCACAGAGUGAUGUAAAGUUAAAUAUUCUAGGAAUGUUUUUUUUUUAAAGGAUCUGAAGAUUUAAUAUCAGAAGAAAAUAUCAAGAGAUCUUUCCUCUAGGAAAUUUAACCGGUUGAUGAUUUUAGCUUGAAUUAAUCGAGAUAAAAUCAUUAGAAAUUAUUAGAACUAAUUAGAAAAAUCUGCGGAAAAUGGCGUCGAAGGAGGAUUCGGCGGCAGAAACCGGUCAGGCACCGGCGAAGGAUGACAUUUAUGACAAUCGCCCGGUUGCAAAAAAAAUAAUCCGGAUAAUAACAGUAAUGGCGUACUUGGUGUCAGUGAGUUUCGUCGCAAUUGUCCUGAGUGGUUAUUACAUAUUUCUGUGGCAUCCACCCCCUGGGGGAUCGUUAAGCCUGCGGGACCCCCACAGCGAGUAUUUGAUGGAGAACUCUCCCUCUAACAACAGAAGUAUCAGUGAAAUCAUCGAGCGAAUGAAUUUAUUCCGGAAAAAUACUGCACGUCGUCGAGGACUCAACAGGACGUCAUCCCAUCACGACCGAUUGAAUAUCGAUAAUUCAACGAAAAUUAACUUCAAUCAUACAUGGGAAUAUCCUGACACAUCGCCGGGUGUUUAUGACUCUGUCACUCAUCAAUUGAUUACGAUUCCGUCAUUAAUCGAGACGAAGAUACCGGAGGGUUCUCAUGCCCUCGAGACAUCCGAUUCUUCGACGUCCGAAGGAAUUCAAGAAAGGACAACAGCAAAACCGAACGUCACAGAAUCCUUAGAAAAGGAGAAAUUGGUUUAUCCACCUGUUUACCUCGAGGAGAAUCAGCCGAUUGAGAGGCCGGAAUUGGAGGCUUCUCUUAAUCCUUUACCAACGAUAAAUCCCACGAGCGCUGAAUAUCAGGAUAUCUCCGUAGAAAACGUGGAAGAACCCUUAGGCAUUGAAUUCGAUAGCGAUAGAUUGACGCGUAGGUAAAUCCAGAAGGAUUUAAUCAUUCGAAUCAUCAAGUCUUCGUGUCAAAAUAAACGAUUAGGAACAAUUGACGAUUUUUCGAUCGAAAAAUACCUUCCAGUACUUAAUUACUAGUUCUUUCAAUGAUACUAUCAGUUCAAAUUUAUCUAACUACCCGACAAUUUUGGGAAAA